CUGGACUAACUCUUGCGUGUUAGUCGUAAAGUGACCGCCAAGUAGUGCGCAGCUCGGGCAUUACUCUUCGCGAAAAUCUCUCAUUUCGUCGCAAAUCGCGAAAAAUCCUGCUCGAAUCCUGAAAAAUUCUCUCGUUCGCACCAGAGUAACAUCAUCGAACAAAGAUACACUGUUUGGUGCCUCAUUGAGAACGCUUAUCGGGAUACGGACCCAAGUGCAUCUAUAACGAAAUGGACGCAGACAAACCAAAGAAUGAACAGCCGCUCUUUGAGGUGGAAAACAAUGUUUAUAAGGGGCCAACGAGCCCAUAUUCAGGCACUUACAAAAGCAUCGGGGAAAUGGUCUGGAAAAAAAUUAACGGCUUUAGCGACAAAAUUGCACAGUUUGACGCACGCACGAAGGAAACGGUUACGUACAAGGAACUCCAGAAGAAAAUUGCAAAGUGUGCCUUGUGGCUGCAGGAACAGGGAAUUAAACCGGAUGACGUUGUCAGCGUGUGCACGCACAAUCACGUGAAUGCCUUAGUGCCAUGUCUGGCAGCGACUUAUGUUAAUGCUAUUUUCAAUCCAUGGGAUGAGGAAAUGAACUUGCCAACCGCGUUGCACGUGCUGCAAUUAACCACGCCGAAGAUAAUCUUCUGCAACGAGAAUUCCACGAACGUGGUGCUGCAGGCGAUACAUGAAACGAAGUGCAGUCCUAAGGUGGUGGUCUUCGGUAGCCACCCGAAGACGAUCUCGUUCGCGAGCAUUUUGAGCGGCUAUAGCGACGCGCAAGCAGCGCAUUUCCGUUACGUCGAGAACGACAAUAUGAAGAAGGCGGUCUGCAUUUUGCACUCGUCCGGUACCACGGGGAUGCCGAAGGGCGUCGAGAUGUCAAAUUACGCUAUGCUAUCGAUGAACGCGGAUAGCGUCAUAGACUUGAACGAAAUGGUGUCGCUCUGGUUCUCGUCGCUUUAUUGGAUCAGCGGGACGAUUCUGAGCCUGAAAGCGAUCAGUCAGGGCGCCAAGAUAAUCAUCUACCCGGAAUUCGACGAAGAGAUGACGUGCAUUUUAAUCGAGAAGUACAAGGUGACGUGGCUAUUUAUAGGCACCAGCAUGACGAACAGGCUUAUCAAAGCUGGCUACGUGAAAAAUUACUCUUUACUUUCUCUUAAAAUGAUCUUCUGCGGUGGUGCCAUUCUUCAUCAGGAAACGCAGAGGGACUUAAAACACAUAUUACCACACGUCGAAAUUCUGCAAGGUUACGGAAUGACAGAAAUAGGCGGAAUAGCAACAUGUCAAAACUCGUAUCACAAGGCCGGUUCUUGCGGAAUACCAGUGCUAAAUGUGCAACUGAAGAUUGCGGAUUCGAACAGCGGAAAAGCACUCGGUCCGAAUCAGAUGGGAGAGGCGUGGUUAAAAUCAAACAACAUAAUGAAUGGCUAUUACAGAAAUCCCGAAGCGACAAGAAGUACGAUUGACGAGGAAGGAUGGCUGCAUUCAGGUGAUCUCUGCUACAUUGACGAGGACGGAGAAUUAUUCGUGAUCGACAGACUAAAAGAUCUCAUCAAGUAUAGAGGACAUCAAAUCUCACCUGCAGAAGUCGAAACCGUUCUGCUGACGCACCCAGCAAUAUUAGAAGUUGCGGUUGUGGCGGUGCCUCAUCCGACAGAUGACGAACACCCUAUAGCUUACGCCACUAAGAAGCCUGGCGCUGAGGUAACGGAAAAAGAAAUAAUCAACUUCGUGGCGAAUAAUAUGAUGGAUCACUUUAAACUUCGUGCCGGAGUAGUGUUCUUGGACACUUUCCCUUAUACAGGAUCUGGCAAAAUUGCGAAAAAGGAAUUGAAAGCAAUGGCUAAGAAAUUAGCGGUACAGUAAAGUACUACGAAACUGUGUUCAUCAAAACUAUAGAUAAGUAUCGGAAUGGGAACACGAGAGUUAAUUUCAGUUUUGGAAAAUCAAUAUUUUAGUAUUUUAUUUAUAUGUAUAUAUGUAUAUGUAUAUACAUUCACAUAAUGUAACUAAUAUAGUACCUGUAUUUCCUUAA